AGGAAAAGCAACCAUACCUCUGCUUGUCCUGGGCCGCUUCUCAUGGGCAGUGGCAGCAGCAUCCAGCGUGGAGCAAAGUACAAACAGGGAACAUCGGAAAACGCCCUGGCCGAAGAACUUCAUGCACAAGGUCAGGUGGUCCGGUCAGGGCCGACCAGUUAUCGCCACAGGAGGAUGCCGAAAUCUGGGGCAGGCAGCAUGGGUGUGGUGUGUUCACAGGAAGCCAAUCCUCUUCGUGAGGAGAUGUCGCCAACGGCUAUGCCCCAACACUGGCGGAAGAAAUGGGAGAGGCCGGCGGCCACGUUCCUUGUGAACCACGUGCUUCGGCGGCUUCCGCCACUGAGUGCGCCUGGCCGGAGCCUUCCACGAGUGCCUCCAGAGCGGCUGGCUGGCAGAUCUGCGGUGGCCCGCAUGGCAGUCGACUACUGGCGGAAUGAGGCCGUGCGAGAUGCGCCUUGCAGCACUGCCUCUUCUCUGAUUGCUUCGACGCACAGUUGUCGAAAAGGGGAAGCGCUGGCUUUCGUUUUGCAGCUUCUCAGGUAGUGUUUUUUUGGGGGGCAGGGCUUCUGUCGCCCCUCGUGGCCUCGAAUCAUUUGCGAUCUGCUUUCGGGCAACGGCCAUGGUGUCACAAUGCUCAUCAGAAAGUCAAGAAAGCGAGUGCAAGCAGUCUGUGUGUCUGUGUGUGUGUCACGUGGACAUACGCCUGCAAGAAGUGCGCAAUAGGGUCACUUGCUUAUUCUAGCUGCAGCCGUGACGUCUCUCGCAGGCAAGGCAAUUCACUCUUUGUAUUGAAACCCAGAACACACCAAGGCUUCAACAGCUACGGUAUAAGGUGCAGCAGGUGCACAGGUCAGUUGGUUGUGCUAGUCGGCGAGAGUUUCGGGCGAGCGUCCUUGCCUCCGUCUGUAAGUGCUAGUGCUGCUUGACUGCUGGUACAACUACAAGCUGUUGUCCUAAGCAAUCCGGUGUUUGACAACUGACACUUGUGAGCUGUCCAGAGCAGCUUCCAAUGUGUGCAGAUUGCCACACGGAUGUCUGUCUCCGAGGCCCACGACCAGCCCAGGCCUCCGUUUGGUCGCGCGGUUCCACUCUUUGGCCAUGUCUAGAUGGGACGC